UUUUGGGGCGUGGCCGGGACCGCGGAGGCCACGCCCACUCCCUAACGGAGCGAGCGGAGCUGCCGGACCCGCGAGAGACCCCCAAAAACAGGCAGCACCAUGAAUUUCCUCCCGGCCGCCGUGGCCGCCCUGCACCUCCUGGUCCUGCUGCUCCUCUUCGUCGCCACCCUGGAUAAGGGCUGGUGGGUGCUGCCGGAUGCGCAGGCGCUGAACCUCUGGUACGACUGUGCCCCCCAAAACCGCUCCCAGGGCUGGGAGUGCAGCAGCCUCGGGCUCAGCCCGGUGCUGCGGGGGGUGCAGGGGCUGACGGUGGCCGCCCUGCUGCUCUCGGCCCUCGGCCUCCUCCUCUUCCUCUGGCAGCUGCUGGGGGGGCCCCGCGGCCGCCUCUUCCUGCCCUCGGCCGCUGCCCAGCUGCUGGCAGGGCUGGCGGCGCUGCUGGCGGCCGGGCUCUUUGCGGCCGGAGGUGGCCGGGCCGGCGGUGGCCGCCCUGGGCACUGCCCGGUGCUGGCCGGGCUGGGGGGGGCCCUGGCGCUGGCCAGCGGGGGGGGGGUACCUGCGCCUGCGGACACGGGAGUGAGCCGGACGCACCGGCCACUGGCCACGCCCGGCCUGGCCACGAGCUCCCAGCCCAACCGAUGACGUCAUCGAUGGCCCCGUGACGUCAUCGAUGUGGGCGGUGACGUCACUGAUGCGGCCGGUGACGUCAUUGCCGGCGUGAGCGUGGCCAGUGACGUCGUCGCCGUGGCCGAUGACAUCAUCAACAGCAUCAGCGUGAGCCGUGACGUCAGCAGCAAGAUGGGCGUGGCCAGUGAUGUCAAUGCCAGCGUGGCCAAUGGCCUCCCUGACGUAGCCAAUGACGUCAUCAGUGGGAUGGGUGUGUCCGGUGACAUCACCAGCAAGGCGUGCCUGCCAAAUGACCUCACCGAGGUGGCCGAUGACGUCACUGGCAGGAUGGGCAUGUCCAAUGACGUCACCGCGGGUGCCAACAUGACCAAUGACGUCA